AUGCAGGCACACCUCUCGGCUAUCCACGAUGAGAUGUGGGAUGUUAUAGAGGAUGGACCCAUUGUGAUAAUGACUGUGAACACACAAGCAUCCGAUCAGGGAGCAUAUCCUGAAGUAAUGAUCCCGAAACCUAAAUCUCAACUUUCACCUGAAGAAAGGACGAGAACAAAUCUCGACAACGUUGCACAAGACAUCCUCUACAAAUAUUUAGACGACUCGUUGUUUCCAAAAGUGCGCAAAUGCAAAACUGCAAAGGAGAUUUGGGAUACUCUCAUGAGCUUAGGAGAGGGAGAUGAGCAGGAGAACGACAACAAUCUCAAAAUGGCCAUGAAGAAGUUCGAAGACUUCAAAAUGCUACCAAGUUGA